CCGUAAAUAAUAACUUAGAAGUAUGGGAAAUGUUACCAUGGUAGAUUUGCGUGUGAGGCGCACUGUGUGAGGAGCAGAUCCGGUCUCCGUUGAUGCAAGGGAGAUAGAACGUAGUAGAAAAAUCUUUCUAUCUGCAUUUGGAGCCUCGAGAGCUACCAGUCUUUUCUUUUCAGCGUUGGACAUCUCAUAACUCACCAGUCGUUCGGCAAAUCAAGAGCAGACAAGUUGGUAGAACGCGAGAGGGCUAGAUUUGGAAAUUCCGACAUAAAGUGGGUCCGGGUGCGUUGACAAUUCAGUUAAUAGACUCAAUACCCAUCCUUUCCUUUGUUUCGUGAUUUCGUCUUUUUGUUCUCUCUCGGUACUACCUGUGGACUAUGGAUGAUGGAUCCGCUGCAAAAGCCCUUCAAUUUGCCUAUAUUUUCUACUUUACCCUUCGUGAACUUGAAGAGUGUUGUGGCGAGUGUGAGCCCGCGUGAAGCUGAUCCAGCGGUCAUGUUUUGAACGUUAGGUCGGAUUAGUAGCUAUGGAGGGAACGAUGCAGGCCGUAAAUGUUUUCUCAUCGAUUCGUUCUCUUUCCGAAACUAGCCAAAUCCAUAACAAAUUACCACAAGAAGAUUGGAGUCACAGAGUCGCAGAAGUAAGCGAGAGAAGUUCGAAAGAUGAAGCAAAUGGAAGCAGCGACUGAGACCAUCUUGAAGAAAAAUCUGAUCAGUCGUCCUCCACCACCGCCGCCGCCGCCACCACCGCCACGAGCACUGCCGAGGUACUGGAUCCCGAUUAGACAAGCAGAGAAUACUAUUCAAAGCGUGACGAAGCAGGAGAUUGCCAAAUUUUGGAGGCAGAAGCGCAUGGAGGAGGAGGAUCACCUCCUUGCUGCUAUCAAGGCCGCAGCUCGUAUCAGGGCCCGUAAUCUCACCGAGGAAGACUAUAGGCGAUUUGAAGAGUCGCUCAAGGACAAUGAGGUUGAAGAGUCACUCAAGGACAAGAAGAUUACCAAGACGGAAGACAACAACAAUGAGAAGAAGGAUGAGAACAUUAAAGAGCUUCGUGUUGGAAUAAAGGACUGGUGGACCAAGAGCAGGUAUGCAUAUCUGAACCAACCAGCCAUUGAGAGCAUGGAACCACCCAAACGUUCCUCCACAUACAUUCCCAACUUUUUCUUUUACAAGCCUCCUUCGCCUCAGCCUACUUCACUUGGGGUCUUUUAAUUAGAUGAUUUUUGUUCAGUCAUCCAUAAUAAUUUUUCAAAGAAAAUAAUUUUUUUUUUACCAUGAGAUAAUAGCUAAUCUCUCAUCAUGGGGGAUCUUGGUUUUGUAAUUAAGAUAUUUGUUGGAUGUAUUACUAUUAUGCUCGCACCCGGGUUAACGGGCCAUCUAAGUGUAUGGAUUUUAUAUGCAAUAUUAUGAGAAUAUGUAUGGUUUCUUGUUGUAUAA